AUGGAGUUGGUUAUCUUCAUCGAUCAUCCGCUCAUCCCGAACGUCCCUCUCAACAUCCUGAAAACCAAUCUUCUCGAGGAAGGACAAACACUUCAGGUCUUCGACAACUUGUCUCAGCUUCGUAGGGCGAGGUUGGAUCAGCCUACUGCGUUCUUUCGCGAGGAGGGUAUCAUGGUUGUUUGGUCCCAAGAAGCGGGGACGGCUUUGACGUUGGCGAAGACGGUCCAGGCCGCGUUCGAACAAAUCAGUUGGGAUCAGGCCGCAAAACCUGGUGAGCUUGAAGUCAUUGAGGAGAAGAAGGAAGGACGCUUUGGGUUCCUCAAGAAGAAGAAGAAGUCGAUUCAAAUCCCUAUCUAUGUCAUGUUCGUCAUCGCUCUUGGUGGUAUCUACUUUGGUCUCCUUCUCCGCAGUCUCUUGAUCGAGUACCGCUACGAUGGUACUGUGAUUCGCUUCGCCUACGUCGCUUAUUUCCCUAUCGCUAUCUUGAUGUUCUUGUACUUCAACAUGACCGUGGUGUCCUCCGUUGGCAGUAUUAUCGGUCCCUUCAAGCAGGUCUUCAGGAACUCUUUUGCGUACUCCGCGAUUCCUCCCAAGAGAAUUAUGGGCGCUCUUCCUCCUAUGACGGUUAUCUGCCCGGUUUACAAGGAGUCCCUCAACAAGGUUAUUGACCCUACUGUUACUUCUGUCAAGGCUGCUAUGCAUCGGUAUGAACGCCAGGGAGGGGUCGUCAACCUUAUCCUCUGUGACGACAGAAUGCAGCUCAUCUCGACCGAAUCCCAAGAGUUUAGGAAGGAGUACUAUCGAAGACACAAUAUCGGCUGGGUCGCUCGUCCUGGACAUGGUGUUGACGGGUAUAUCCGUGCUGGACGUUUCAAGAAGGCCUCGAACAUGAAUGCGAUGAUGGGGUUGUCCGUGAGGGUUGAGGAGGCUCUUCGUGGUGUCGAGCGUCCGGAGGGAUGGUCCUUGGCCGAUGAAGAACGUGCUUACAACAAUAUUCUCGAAGACCUCCUUCAGGCUGAUGGGAGACUCUGGGCUGAAGGGAACAUCCGUAUUGGAGAAUUUUUUCUGAUUAUCGACUCCGACACCCGUGUUCCCAACGAUUGUUUGAUCGACGCUGCCUCGGAGUUCGCUCAGACGGAUCACCUUGCCGUUCUCCAACAUGCUUCUGGUGUUAUGGAAGUCGAUGGCAACUUUUUCGAGAAGGGUAUGACGUACUUCACCGAUGUUAUCUACCGUGCGAUCCAGUACGCUUGUGCCGCUGGUGAUGUUGCUCCCUUCGUUGGCCACAACGCUUUCCUUCGCUGGUCUGCUGUUCAGAGGGCUGCUAGGUACAUCCACGAGGAUGGUACACCGAGGUGGUGGUCUGAAUCCCAUGUUUCCGAAGAUUUCGAGAUGGCCCUCAAGCUCCAGUGCGCUGGAUACUCUGUUCGUUUGGCUGCCUACACCAAUGGUGACUUCAAGGAAGGUGUCUCAUUGACCGUUCACGACGAGAUCACGCGCUGGGAAAAAUACGCGUACGGCUGUUCCGAAUUGCUCUUCCAUCCUCUUCGUCAAUGGGUCUAUAAGGGCCCCUUCACACCCCUCUUUAGACGUUUCAUCUGGGCUCCUCAGAUUCCGUUAUUUGGAAAGGUUACCUUACUUGGAUACAUCGGAACGUACUAUGCCUUGGGUGGAUCGUGGAUCUUCGUCACGGUCAACUACUUCCUUACGGGUUGGUUCCACAACAUCAUCGAUCACGUCUACCAGCAGAACUUCGAUUUGAUGUUCGGUAUCAUGGUUGUCUUUGGUGUUGUCGGAUCACUCGGAGCUGCUAUUGGUCGGUACCGUGGUAGCGAUACUGGUAUUAUCACUUGUUUCGUUGCGGCGUUGGGAUGGACUCCGUUCUUGUUCAUCUACUUCAACGGUAUCUCAUUCCACAUCUCCCGGGCUCUUCUCAGCCAUAUGUUUGAAUACAACAUGCAGUGGGGUGCAACGGCCAAGGAAGUCGAGGAUUCUAAUCUCUUCAAGGAAUUGAAGAAGAUUGCCAAGAGUCACACGUUCCUUUACAUCUACUUCGGAUUACAAAUUCCCAUGAUGAUCUACCUUGGGUGUUAUGCACCAUAUCAAUGGCAGAUCCCGCAGAUUAACUCGUGGUUCCCAUUGGCAUUGUCGGUCAUGGGUCACAUCUUGGUACCAAUUAUUCUCAACCCGAACUUGCUUAAGCUUUGA